AUGGAGACUCAGGUCGGGACGCCGCAGCCGCUGGCCGUCACCGUGCGCUGGAUCCCCGACGCAGAGGUGAGUCUGUGCUGCAACUGCGAGCUCUUGUUCGACUGGAUGCACCGCAAACACCACUGUCGCUAUUGCGGCAACGUGUUCUGCGACCGGUGCACGCUCCAGCGCAGUCUGAUUCCAGAGCAUCAGAUACUGUCUGGAUCCGAGUGCAAGUACCUCGCAGUGAACGCGCAUAACCCACAGCGCGUAUGCGACAAGUGCUACGCGCGCCUCGAGCCACAACAGGAGGAGCUACGUAUCACGAUGAGCCACGCUGUGCAAGCGACGGAAGUAAAGGUGGCUACCUCGCAACGACUUGUGAGUAGUCCGUACUCCUACACGUUGAAGGAGGAGAUUGUCAAGGCCACGUACAGCCUCAAGAACUUUACGUCUUCAGGAAGUGUCAAGAACCAGUCGAUACCGCUACCGUUGCUGACCCACGCCAAGGGCAUUGCGUUCCUGACCGUGAUCAAGAUGGGCUUUGUGUUUACGGGGCGUAUGGGAACGGGGCUCGUAGCAGCGAGGCUGGCGGAUGGGAGAUGGUCAGCGCCAUCCGCUAUCGCCACGGCUGGGGUCGGAUGGGGCGCACAAAUAGGAGGAGAGAUUACGGAUUUUGUCAUCAUUCUCAACACACAGCGUGCCGUCGAAGCUUUUUGUGCAUCAGGCCAAGUGAAUCUUGGCGCUGAGCUGGGCGUUUCUGCAGGACCAGUUGGUCGCGUAGCUUCUGGAGUGCUGGAAGCAAGCAGCGCGAUGGACGUGGCACCGUGCUACUCGUACUCGUACUCCAAGGGUCUUUUCGCGGGCAUCUCGCUCGAAGGCUCGGUCAUCCUUGCAAGACCAGAUAUCAACCGUUCAUUCUACGGCAAGGCCGUCUCAGUUGCUGAUCUGCUUGGAGGUGUUGAGUCACCACCUGUGGCUGCUGCGCCACUGUAUGAUGCCAUCCGGGGAGCGACCGAAAGUCCAGCAAAUGCAGGUACUCGCGUCGUGCUCAGCUCACCGAUUCUAGACUAG